CGCAGGUUCCCUUUGCUCAUUGCUCAGAGAGCAGCUGUGUAGAAAAAUUAGAUAAACAGAGAGGUUUAUUGCGUUGGACAGAAAUACGUCGCAGACGUCGCAGUGCAACUUUAAGACAGCAGUUCAAACAGAGGACCAUCUGGGCUGCAGCAUGUGAAAUGGAUUUAGUUUGACUUGUACCAGAAACAGUGAUUCCAGUCGUUAGUAUUUUUUUUUAAAUUAACCAGUCAUGGCGAGCAGCCUUGGCAAAGGUGGAAAGGGAAUCCUUGAUCUGCGCUUCAACCAAGACCAAGGUUGCUUCGUGUGUUGCAUGGAGGAUGGACUGAGAAUUUACAAUGUCGACCCUUUAGUAGAAAAAUCGCAUUAUGGCGUGAACGUCGUGGGCAGCGUUUCUCACUGCGAAAUGCUGCACAGGACGAACUUGCUGGCCUUCAGCUCGGGUCCUCCACGUCCUAAGUACGCAAACAACACUGUUCUUGUCUACGACGACCACACAAAACAGUUUGUUUUAGAAUUCACUUUUCCCGCACCUGUCAAAGCUAUCCGACUGAGACGUGACAAACUAGUUGUUGCACUUAGAAAGCAAAUUCACGUCUUUUCCUUUCCGGAGCCUGCCCAACGACUGAUGACUCUUGAAACAAGGGACAAUCCGCUUGGCCUCUGCGAGUUGGCCCCCUUGAUGACUGCAGAAAGGCAACUUUUGGUCUUCCCUGGGCAUAAAAUUGGAAGCAUUCAGUUAAUUGAUCUCGGAGGCUUUGAAAGCUCUGCCUGCUCGAGUUCUCCGAUCACAAUAAAUGCUCACCAAGGCGAGCUAGCGUGCAUUGCAGUUAAUCCUCAGGGAUCCAUGGUGGCCACUGCAUCGAACAAGGGAACUUUAAUCAGGGUCUGGGAUGUAGCGAGGAAAGCUCAACUGGUGGAAUUGAGGAGAGGCUCUGAUCCAGCUACAUUAUACUGCAUCAACUUCAGUCGAGAUUCCGAGUUCCUCUGCUGCUCCAGUGACAAAGGAACAAUUCACAUUUUUGCUCUGAAAAAUACAAAUCUCAAUCGGCGAUCUUCGUUUUCCAAAAUGUCUUUCCUUGGCAACUAUGUGGAAUCUCAGUGGGCUCUGGCCAACUUUACAGUUCCGCCAGAAUGCGCUUGUGUCUGUGCCUUUGGAUCUCGAAGUUCAGUCAUAGCAAUUUGCCUUGAUGGUACUUUCCACAAAUACGUUUUUACAACAGACGGAAAUUGCAAUCGAGAGGCCUUUGACAUUUUCCUCGACAUAUGCGAGGACGACGACUUUUAAUAUCAUAAUAAAAAGCAGUGAUAUGUGUGCGCAGCAAUGAGACGAGACACUUUUCAACAGUGAAUAUUUAUGUGUGAUUUAGAAAAUAUUAAGCGGUGAUUAUGGGAGCUGAAAUCUAGUCAGCUUUUCAAUUGUUUGUUUUUCUAUCGAAUUAUUAUAUAUUCAAUCAGCACUGUAAAAGCACACAUUUUCAUCUUAAUCCUUUGUAUCAGCAGCAGUCAAAUAAAAUUUUAAUAAUAAAUCGCUCAAAAUUUUUUGCAUUUAAAAUCUGCUAGAGGUUGCAAAAUUAUAAAUUUUAUUUUACCUUUCAAAAUUAUUUAAAAUAUGUAAGUAACAAAGAUUUUUAAUUGAUGCACAUAUUUCCAUAAUUUCA